AUGAUGAAGCUAACCAUGGAAUCGAGGGGCGUGCUGGUGACACAAGUGGCAGUAGAGGCCAUCACUGAUGCAACCACGGCGACAAUCAAGCCAAUGGUGGCAGCAACUGAGAUGCAAAAGGACAACGAUGACAACGGAUCCUUAGGGACUACCUCCAUGGUUCAUGUGAACCAAGGUUUGAGUGGGGUCAAGUAUGCUUCUACCCACUCCCACAGUCCAAGAUAUUGCUAUGAUUCGCUAGACGGUCAAUAUGCGAGUUCUGACUCGGUGGGCUUGGAAGAUAUGCUUGAGUCUGUGGGCCUAAAGUUCAAAAAUCAAGAUAAGGAGUGGGCCAGACAAGGUCAUUAA